GCCGCGCUCCGCUCCCUCCGCCCCGCUCGCACUGUUUGGGAGCAACCGGCCGAGCCAGCGGCGCCCCGGCCCCGCCAGCGCAGCGCGGACCGGCCGAGCGCACCCAGCCCGGCGCGACCCCCGGCGCUCUCCCUCCCUCCUCGCCAUGUCCCUCAAGCAAGCGGCGGCGGCGGCGCAGCCCGCCGGCAACAACCGCAAGCCCCCCGGCGGCGGCGGCCCCGGCCUCCCGUCAGCCGCGGGGAGGCAGAACAUGGGCAGAGGCCGCAGCAGUGGCAAAGGACCACCUCAGCCUACGAUUUCUUUUGAUGGCAUCUAUGCAAACAUGAGAAUGGUUCACAUACUCACAUCAGUUGUUGGAUCCAAAUGUGAAGUACAGGUGAAAAAUGGUGGUAUAUAUGAAGGAGUUUUUAAAACCUACAGUCCUAAGUGUGAUUUGGUGGUUGAUGCUGCUCAUCGGAAAACUGCAGAAUCCAGUUUGGGGCCAAAACGUGAGGACAUCCUAGAGAGUAUCUUGUUCAAGUCUUCAGACUUUGUUAUGGUGCAUUUUAAGGAUAUGGAUACCAAUUAUGCCAGAAGAGAUGCUUUUACUGAUUCAGCCAUCAGUGCUAAAGUUAAUGGAGAGCACAAGGAAAAGGAUCUGGAGCCAUGGGAUGGAGGAGAGAACACGGCUUCUGAGGAGCUGGAGGCACUGGAGACUGAUGUUUCUAAUGGAUGGGAUCCCAAUGACAUGUUUCGUUACAAUGAAGAAAAUUAUGGUGUAGUGUCAACUUAUGACAGCAGUUUAUCUUCUUAUACGGUGCCAUUAGAAAGAGAUAAUUCAGAAGAGUUUUUAAAACGGGAAGCCAGAGCAACUCAAUUAGCAGAGGAAAUUGAAUCAAGUGCCCAAUACAAAGCUCGGGUUGCCUUGGAAAAUGAUGAAAGGACAGAAGAAGAAAAAUAUACUGCUGUUCAGAGAAAUGCUAAUGAAAGAGAAGGACAUGGUGUGAACACUAGAGAAAAUAAAUACAUUCCACCUGGACAGAGGAACAGAGAUGUCAUGUCCUGGGGAAGUGGAAGGCAAAACUCACCGAGGAUGGGCCAGUCUGGAUCAGGCCCACCAAUCUCCAGGUCUGGAUCCCACACUUCAGAAUUCAGCCCUAACUCUGGAGCAGAUCAGAGAGUAGUUAACGGAGGUGUUCCCUGGCCAUCGCCUUGCCCAUCUCCUUCCUCUCGCCCACCUUCUCGCUACCAGUCAGGUCCCAACUCUCUUCCACCUCGGGCAGCCACCCCUACACGGCCGCCCUCCAGGCCCCCCUCGCGGCCCUCCAGGCCCCCGUCUCACCCCUCUGCUCAUGGUUCUCCAGCUCCUGUCUCUACUAUGCCUAAACGCAUGUCUUCAGAAGGGCCUCCACGGAUGUCUCCAAAGGCUCAACGGCACCCUCGAGGUCACAGAGUCUCUACUGGUAGGGGUACAAUUUCAAGUGGCUUAGAAUUUGUAUCUCAUAAUGCACCUGGGGAAGCAUCUACUGCUGCAGUGGCACGAGGCAGCCCUUCAGGUGGGACGUGGUCAUCAGUUGUCAGUGGGGCUGCCUCUCCUACACCUGCCAGCCCUGCAUCCAACAGAGCAGUCACCCCUUCCAAUGAAGCUAAAGAUACCAGGCUUCAGGACCAGAGGCAAAAUUCUGCAGCUGGAAACAAGGAGAAUAUAAAGCCAAGUGAGACUUCUCCUAGUUUUUCUAAACCUGAAAACAAAGGUGUCUCUCCAAUUGUUUCAGAGCAUAGAAAACAGAUUGAUGAUUUAAAGAAAUUUAAGAAUGACUUUAGGUUACAGUCCAGUUCCUCUUCAGAUGCAGUGGAUCAGCUGCUGAACAAAACCCGAGAAGGUGAAAAAUCAAGGGAUGUAGUUAAAGAAAAGACAGAAUCCACCCCUAAAGAAUCUAUCAUAGAAGCUGGCAGUAACACCAACUCCAAUGGUGGCAGUAGCAAACCCAACAGUCCCAGUAUUUCUCCUUCCAUGAGUAACAGCUCUGAGCAAAAGCGAGGGCCUGAGGUGACCUCCCAAGGUGUGCAGACAUCUGGGCCUGGAAGUAAACAAGACAAAGAGGAUAAAGAAGAGAAGAAGGAUACUUCUGAGCAAGUUAGAAAAUCAACACUUAAUCCUAAUGCUAAAGAGUUCAACCCCCGAUCUUUUGCUCAACCGAAACCUUCUACUACACCAACCUCCCCUCGUCCUCAAGCUCAGCCCAGCCCCUCCAUGGUGGGGCACCAGCAGCCAACCCCCGUGUACACUCAGCCUGUUUGUUUUGCACCAAAUAUGAUGUACCCGGUUCCAGUGAGUCCAGGCGUGCAGCCUUUGUAUCCUAUUCCCAUGACGCCCAUGCCAGUGAACCAAGCCAAGACAUAUAGAGCAGGUAAAGUACCAAAUAUGCCCCAGCAGCGGCAAGACCAACACCACCAGAGCACCAUGAUGCAUCCUGCCUCUGCAGCAGGCCCUCCAAUUGUAGCUACUCCACCUGCUUACUCUACACAAUAUGUUGCAUAUAGCCCCCAACAGUUUCCUAAUCAGCCUCUUGUGCAGCAUGUGCCACACUACCAAUCUCAGCAUCCUCAUGUUUAUAGCCCUGUAAUACAGGGCAACGCUAGGAUGAUGGCCCCACCAGCACACGCACAGCCGGGUUUAGUAUCUUCCUCUGCAACACAGUACGUUUCCACUGGCUCACUUGCUCAGCAGUAUGCCCACCCUAAUGCUACCCUGCACCCGCAUCCUCCGCAUCCUCAGCCUUCUGCCACCCCAACUGGCCAGCAGCAAAGCCAACAUGCUGGAAGCCACCCUGCUCCAAGCCCCGUGCAGCACCACCAGCACCAGGCUGCCCAGGCCCUGCACCUGGCCAACCCCCAGCAGCAGUCGGCGAUUUACCACGCAGGUCUAGCUCCAACCCCUCCUUCCAUGACGCCAGGCUCCAACACGCAGUCUCCACAAAACAAUUUUCCUACAGCACAACAAACAGUCUUCACCAUUCAUCCCUCCCAUGUUCAACCUGCAUAUACCAAUCCGCCACACAUGGCCCAUGUCCCCCAGGUAAACACAGUUUAACAACCUUCAAGACUAAAUGUCUUAAUGCCACAAGAGUUAGGACAGUCGGGCCUGCUGAAGUGAUUGCCAAUCUGUCACCUCUCAGCACAGACUUACCUGUUGUUGUUCUUUAGGUUUCUGUCUGUACAUUGCCUUUAUUUAGAGUUUGACACAGUGUGUUUGGACCUCAGCUUCCAACACCUAGUGCAUCUGCAACUGUAGUUUAAUGAAGACAUCUUAAGCUGGCACUGCUACUGAAAUAAAUUGAGCUCUCUUCCCAGUUCCUGGCUCCCAUCCUUGUCCCUGCCCCACCACUGUGCUCACAGAACUGCUUGGCCGUGGAGCAGACCAGGCUGGGGACACGAUUCAGCUGAAAUUUGCCUCCCCUACCCCCUUCUUAGGCUAUUUCUUGGUCAAAUUGGUUCCCUGCUCAGUCAGGUGCCUGAUCCCAGGAAGAGCUGGCAUACAGAAAGGUUGGAGGUGGGAGCUGAGUGCAGAAAGGCUGAAUUGCUGCUUUUGGUGGCAGUUUCAGGCUCUGCAUUGUAGACAAAUUUUAUACAAAUACAUCCAGAAAAGGACAUGACAGGAUUUCCAGGGAGUAGCAAGGCAGUGCAGGGAGAGAGGAGAGAGUUAAGGUGACUGCAGGACAAUCCUUGCAGAAAGGAUCCUCUGUGUGUGUGGUGUGUGUGUGUGUUGUUCUAAAUGAACUGCUUGUGCUGAAGAUUCCCAAAGAUUGUUGGUUGGGCAACCUAAAACAACAGUCUUUGCUUCAGAAUCAGAAACCCACUUCUCUUAACUGCUCUCUUGUGGUCAGCUCCCUGAGAAGAAGGAUUUGGGGAAGGGAAGCACAUGAUAGAUUAAUCAAGAGCUCUGUGUAAAGCAGUGUGACACAGAUUUUCUGAUGUUUACUAAAUCUCCUGGAUUUAGUGUCCUUUGUCAAGGAAUGGGCAGUUCAAUCAGUAAUUUGCCUGCACAAUUUCUUCUUCAGACCAAGAAUUUGGUGCCUGCCUUCUCAUACAGGUUAACAAUAGUUUGGGGUAAAGUGACUAACUGUGAUUAGGGAUGUUGAUCUGACAGGUGUCCCUUGCAGAAUUCUGAUAAAAUCUUUGCUUUGGUCCCUGGGACAGUCAGUUAAGCCAAUGAAUCAAUAGUUUUUUAGGAAUCGUUUUACUGAUGUUGAAUUUUUAGCUUUUUGAUGCUUUUAGGCUUUUUAUUUCUCUGCUUUUUUUUGGGAAGAGGAUAAGGAGAGGAUGGCCAAAGCUGUUCAUUGCUGGGGCAUCUUGGCACAUCCUCCCCUUCUCUGGUUUCUGUCAGAAACAAGACUCCUGCUCUGCUCUGCUCUGCUCUGGUGUGAAGGCACUGCUGUGAAUGCCUGGGUUGUGUUUAGAGCUUCUCAGAGGGGUCUUGGAUUAGUGCAUGUCCAGUGCUCUGAUUUGAAACCUGAAACAUUUGCUUAAAGGCCAUGAAAGGGUAAAGCUGUGCCUGAAUUGUGCCCUGGCCAGGCCAGGGAUGCAGGAUGUGACCAUUGCCUUCCUUUCUGUGUGCCAAGCAAACCAAAUUCAACAAAUCAGAUGCAACUUUGAGUCAGAACUGACUGCUCAGGCAGGAUUUUUAGCAAUCACAGACUAAGCCUGCCUUGCCCUUGAUUUUAACUUGUGCAGUCUCUUCUGCAAUUUUUUUUUUAGAAUGGAAGCUGCAAUUUGUGAUAUUUACACCAAACUAAUUGACUUUCCCAAUGAAGUAGUUCCCUCAAAAAUCUCUAGUGAAGGAAUAACUACAGUUUUGUCAGAAAUUUUAAAUGCAUGUAAUUAUUCCAUCGUGGGGAAACUAAUCACUGGAUUUAAUAGUUUUUAGCAGCCUCAUUCCCAGCUUCUAAACACAAUUCUGAAAUACCACAUAGUAAGAAUUCCAGUCAGGCCAACACAGGGGAUCAAUCCAAUUUCCCUUCAGGUUAUCAGAUGAAUCUUGAGCUGGUAGAUAUCUCACUUGAGAACCAGUAUUUUAAAAUUCAUUACAGAGUGCUGUCAGCUGCCAAUUUGCAAAAUGUUUGAGCCACAGCAGAAAAAUUUUAUCCACUGUGUGUAUUGACUCCAGCUGCUCUAUGAAUAGCUGCUUUAUGAUGAUGGCUUCUACAAUAGCAUGUUUGUCAAAGUCAACGUGGAGCCAGUCCUGGGAGGUAUUUCUGUUCCACAGCCUGAUCUCCUAAAUCUUUUUUAGAGCAAGAGUGAGAUUUGAAUUGCAGUUCCUGCCUUUAAAGGCUUCUGGGGUGCUACUAACACGUGCAAGUCUGAUCAAAGAGUUUGGGAAUGUCUGUGAUGAGUCAAGUAACCCUUUUUGUCUUUAAGAAAUAAAAUUCUAGCCACUA